GUCGAGCGCGGGCGGUGGGCGGGGCCAGGCCGCUCUCUCCGGUCGCCUGUGGAGACGGGUGGCGGGCGAAACCUGCUGUUACUUUUUGGCACAAUUUGUUUUGGAGGUAUAUGUGACCCGAGCCUUACUGCAUCCCUCUGCUGUGCCUCUGCUCCAACACGCAGCAUCUGCUCAGAGCCCUCACUUGCUGUGCAGGACCAUUACACCGAUAAAAUCAAAGCAAGCUGGACAGGUAGCGAGACUGCCUGUGUAGACUAAGAAUUUGCUGAAGGUCACGUAACCUGAGGCCAAGCUGGAUCUCGUGACUCCCAGUCUGGUGAUUUAAUCACGACCGCUCCUGCUUUACAUGCUAACUUCACUGCUUCGCUGAAAAUGUCUGGCAAAACGGCGAGCACGACCAACAACAUAGCUCAGGCCCGAAGGACUGUCCAGCAGUUAAGAAUAGAAGCCUCAAUAGAAAGAAUAAAGGUGUCAAAAGCAUCAGCAGACCUAAUGCUCUACUGUGAAGAACAUGCCAAGAAAGAUCCGUUGCUAAUGGGCAUACCUGCUUCUGAGAACCCUUUCAAGGACAAGAAGACUUGCAUUUUGUUAUAGGAGGGCGGCGGCUCCUCCGCAGCCCCCUGGGCAGAGCCAGCCACCGGUGGGCAUGUAAGCAAAUACCCUGUAAGGUACCAGCUAUUAACUGUGUAAGAGCAGCUGUUCUUUUACCAAGCGUAUAAAUGAUUUCUUAAGCUUUCUAAAGCAUUUCUUCUGUUCCCUAUCUUUAUUAGGAAGCGAGGUUUCAAACAGAAUUAACUUCUUUCUUGUCUGAGGGAAUGGGGUGUUGGGCAUCGAGCCUGCGAGCGCUGCACUGCCGUCCCUGUGGUGGGAUGGGCAGGGUGAGCCGGGGGUCUUGUUUGCUCCAGGAGUGGGUCCCAGUUUCACUUUUCAAGUUACACAAACAAGACCAAAGUUGCCUGAGCUUUGCUGAUGGAGCAGAGGUGAAGGUGUAGGAACCCGAUUGAACAUCACUGGUUUUACGUUUAUUUUUUUAAAAAAAUUAUGUAUGCGGGGACGGGUAUGUGUGCCUGUGUUGGUAGCGUGAGUUUUUGCACAGACACAUUUAAAAGUGCAUUAUCUAGCAAAAGCUACCUUGAAAAAUGAUUGUAGCAACUGCUGGUGAACUCCAAGGAGCCAUGCCUGCAGCCUUACAAGCCUUAGAAAAGUAAAGACGUUGCCUUCUCUUGACAGGGGGUUUUAAGUGUAAAACCUAAAAUGUCAAGAAUUGGAGAUCUGCAGAUUUAUUUUCCUGCUUUUUAAGAGGAGUUGAAAAAGCAGAAUUUUCAGCUUUGAUUCUGUUUCUCUGCAUAUUCUUCUCGAAUUAAAAAUUGGUGUUACUGUAAAAAAAACCCAAACACAAACCUGUCAAAAGAAUCAAAGGCUGCACGCUAGUCCUGCCCUGGCUGCGUGCCGAGCUGGAGGCAUGGUUCUGUCACUCGAAGUCCCAGUUAUAUUUUAUGCAGGGAGUCAGAAUUUGGCUCUUUUUUUUGUUUGUUUGUUUUUUGGGGUUUUUUUUGGUUUGUUUUGUAAAAUGCAUUUUUAAAGGGGAAAAAUGCCAAAUUAUAUUCAGAUUGUGGUUAUGCAGAUAUAACUGGGGGGGGCUUUCCAUCAAGUAAGUGAUUUUUAUAUAUACACGUAAUAAAGUCUCUAUGUGUGUGUGUGUGUAUAUAUAUAUAAAACUUUAAUAGUCUAUUUAUACAAACAUUGCAUAUUAACGGAAAAUUUUGACAGGAUUGAAGAUAAUACUGACUUCAGCUGGCUACAAAUGUGUUUCUCUGUAGCCAGUGGUUGAGAGGUUGAAGUUGUCAUCUGCCACAACAGUGCAUUUCUGUAAUGGUAUUUACAGAAUUUAUUAACCACUUGUAAUUGUUGCAUAUUGGUCAUUUCUAUAUUAAAUUAUAUACACAUGAUUGAUACAUAUAUUGAGAAAUUAUAUAUUUGUUUAACAAGCCUCUUUAACAAAGAGUUCAAAAAUCAGCGUACAAGACUGACAAAAUUGUAUCGCUUGUUCUGUGCUUACAUGCAAAUUAUUUUUAUAAUUAGAAUAUUUUUCUAGUGGCAAUUUAAAAAACAAUAACGUAGAUCCACACUUAUUUUUUUUUACUGUGUUUGUGUCUACCGUUUUAUAAAACAUCUUGUUAAAAAUAGUAAAUAACUUAGUUUGGGUGCGGGAGACUAACUGCCGAGAACUCCGGCUGUGCUCAGAGGUGUGCAGGCAGGUACGUGGGGCGCGGGGAGGGCAAAUAACCUCAUGCUGUUGCCUGAAUAUUGUUCUCCCAUUAAUCUCUUGUCCCUAUAGCCAUCUGCAUUUUCAUUUCGUUAGAGCUCCCUGCCCUCAAAAAAACCCUCACCUGUGUAGCUGCAGAUACCCUGUUUGUGUCUGGCUUCCUUUGCCUGUUGUCUGCCCUUAAGUAAAGCCUGCAGCAGGGUCUGGGGGUGGUGCGGCCGGGGGGCCUGGCUGGCACACUGCCCUGGGCUGGAGCGUGGCCACCUCCCAUCAUUCCCACCCAUCACGCCGUGUCCACAGUGGCCUGUAACUCUGUACUUUCUAAUAAAAAGCUUCUGGCAUGUUCCUCA